AUGGGGCACAGUUCGAAGAAGAAGAAGCGCGGAGGCGGGAGCGGUCGCCGGAGCAAGGGAAGAACGCAGUCCAAAGAUCAUGCUUCUCAAUUCGGCGCCGACGAUUACGACCAGCUCUCCGAUGAGAUUACCGCAUUGUGUGCAAUUUUCCAAGAAGACUGCAAAGUUCUUCCAGGAUCGCCUCGUCGUAUAGUUAUUAAGCUCAGGCCUUACUCAAUGGACAUGGGCUAUGAGGACCUAGAUGUUUCUGCCACUCUAGAUGUCAGGUGCUUGCCUGGGUAUCCUUUCAAGUGCCCCAAGCUGCAGAUUACACCGGAGAAAGGGUUAUCAGAAGCUGACGCUAAUAAGCUUUUGUCUCUCCUCCAUGAUCAGUUCAUUGAUGUAGGGGAUUUGCUACUUCUAACACGCAGAGAGGCUGGGAAACCUUGUCAUAUUAUUGAUCCCACCUCCUCCUUGGCUACUUUAAAUGCUAGGGAGGGACGAGUAAUGAUCUAUAAUUUGGUUGAGGCUGCUCAAGAAUUUCUCUCUGGUAUUGAGCUAAUUGCCAUAUCAAAUGAUUCUAAGCUUUUACACUCGACUGUGGAAAGCAAUGAAGAAUUGUUUACCAAGGAUAUGACAUCUUUAAGUAAGAAGGGUUCUUUUGUAUAUGGUUUUGUAGACCUUUUCAGUGGCUAUGGAGAAACAUGGGGUUGGGGUUUUGGAAUGGACGAAACUGCUGGAAAAAGUUCAUCUCUUCCUUUGUCCAAGUUAGAUGCCUCAAAACCAUGUUUUGAGGCUUGUGAGAAGAAGUCUAAUACUAAAGAAACACAGUUAAUGGUGCAAGAACUUCGUUCCAAACUAGAUACUGUCGGAGAAGUUAGUGAAGACAACAAAAAUAAUUUAUCUUUGACUAAUUCAAGCAGAUCUACAGUGGAGGAUUUUGUAGGGAAUGACAAUGAAGGUGAGAAAGAGUAUUUUUUAGUUGACGAGUCUUCUGAAGAAAUUGAGUCUUCUGAGUCUCUGCCUUCGGAGUCCUUGCCUCAUCUUCAACCAUCUCAAACAGUGGAAAAGGAUUUAAUAAUGGUUCACAUGCUUCGCCUUCUUUGUGCUUCUAAGGGAUCAUUGGCUGAUUGUUUGCCACAAGUGGUAACAGAGCUGUACAAUUUAGGGAUAAUUUCUGAUUCAGCACGCAGUAUGGCAUCCGAACCACCUUCCAUUUUCAGCAAAACCUUUGAUCACAUUUUCCAGAAACACCUGGCCUCAUCUGGAAUACCUCAAUUUUGGAAGCCUGAUGUUGGAGGCUCAAACACAGUUACCCACAGUUCUCGAUAUUUGAAUGAUUUUGAGGAGCUGCGCCCUCUAGGUCAUGGUGGUUUUGGUCAUGUCGUAUUGUGCAAAAAUAAACUUGAUGGAAGGCAGUAUGCAGUAAAGAAAAUUCGUCUUAAGGACAAAAGCAUGCCUGACCGAAUAUUAAGGGAGGUAGCUACACUUUCUCGUUUACAGCAUCAGCAUGUUGUUCGGUAUUAUCAGGCAUGGUUUGAAACUGAAGUUUCUGAUUCUUAUGGUGAUUCUGCUUGGGGUUCAAAGACUACAGUAAGCUCUACUUUCAGCUUUAAAGCUGCAACGUCCAAUGAUGUCUUUGGGCAUGAUAAUCAGCUUGAAUCAACUUACCUUUAUAUACAAAUGGAGUACUGUCCCAGGACUCUUCACCAGGUGUUUGAGUCAUAUAAUAAUCAUUUCGACAAAGACCUGGCUUGGCAUUUGUUUCGUCAAAUAGUGGAAGGCUUGGCGCACAUACACGGACAAGGAAUAAUUCAUCGGGACUUAACACCAAAUAACAUAUUCUUUGAUGCCCGCAAUGAUAUUAAAAUUGGUGAUUUUGGUCUUGCCAAGUUCUUGAAGUUAGAGCAUCUGGACCAAGACCUGGGCCACACUGCUGAUGCAACUGGAGUUUCCAUUGAUGGCACUGGACAAGUGGGGACAUAUUUCUAUACAGCUCCUGAAAUUGAGCAAGGAUGGCCCAAGAUUGAUGAAAAGGCUGAUAUGUACAGCUUAGGAGUGGUCUUCUUUGAGCUUUGGCACCCAUUUGGAACAGCAAUGGAGAGACAUGUUGUUUUAUCUGAUUUGAAACAGAAAGGGGAAGUUCCACCAACUUGGGUUGCUGAGUUUCCAGAACAGGAAUCCUUACUGCAGCAGUUAAUGUCUCCGGCUCCUUCAGAUCGCCCUUCUGCCAUAGAACUUCUGCAAAAUGCAUUUCCUCAGCGAAUGGAGUCUGCAUUAUUGGAUGGCAAAACAAUGCAGAAAUCAGAGGAUACAAGCAUAUAUGAUAAAGUUUUAAAUGCUAUCUUUGAUGAAGAGAUGUUAAGCACAAAGCACAUUCGUCAGGAUGGUAGAUUGGGAUCAGUUGGAGAUAUCAGUUCAUCCAUUCAGUAUGCAGCAUUCAAAACUGAGGUUAGGGAUUAUGUUGUAGAUGUGACCAGGGAAAUUUUUAGACAGCAUUGUGCAAAGCACCUAGAAAUAUCAACAAUGAGAUUAUUGGAUGAUUUUAAACUUCUGACCCAUGGAGGAGACAUGCUUGAACUUUGCCACGAGUUGCGUUUUCCUUUUGUGAACUGGAUUAUAUCUAACCAGCACAUGCUUGGUGUUGAGUUUGGUGUUUUCAUGAACCAAGGGUUUGAUGAUAUCACGCCACAAGUCCUUUGUUUCCAAUUACUCUGGUAUAUUGGCAAGAUGAUGCUGACUAGUCCUUCAGGGAAUGGAUGCUUAACAAUGCAAGACAUGAGGAUUGAAUGGGAAACACGAUUUUACAUGAUGUGUAGAAAUCUUCAUUCAAACGAUAUGAGAUAUCAUGUGUCUUUAGAAGAGCAGUUGGACAUUCAUCACCAAAUCGCUACCUUCAGGAAUCUGAUUGGGGUUUCUACGAUGGGAGAUUUUGACAUUAUUGGUGGCACCUCGGCUUUGGCCGAAGCAGAGGUCAUAAAGGUCACUAGGGACGUAGUCACUUGUUUUUUUCAUGCAGAUUCAUGUGACAUUCAUCUCAACCAUGGUGACCUUCUGGAUGCAAUUUGGUCAUGGAUUGGAGUCAAGGUAGAACUCAGACUCAAAGUAGCAGAGCUUCUUUCAAUGAUGGGUUCUUUGCGCCCACAAUCCUCAGAAAGGAAAUCAAAAUGGGUCGUGAUAAGGCGGCAACUUUUGCAGGAACUGAAUUUAGCAGAGGCCAUGGUAAAUAGGUUACAGACUGUAGGUUUAAGAUUUUGUGGAUCUGCAGAUCAUGCACUCCCCCGAUUAAGAGGAGCUCUUCCAUCUGUGCUUGAUGGUUCCGUUGGAAAUGCAUAUCAAGCAUUAAAAAGGCUAGAAAAUGUAUGUGUUGGUAAUUCUAAUGAAGUUGAGCUUGUCUUGAAAGGAAAUCCUCCCACUGGUGUGGGGACUAGCCUUGCAGUGGAGACAAUAAUUCAGAAUUGUCCUGUAGAUAUCAAGCCCAAUAGAGCCGAUGCCAGCACCAAUAUUCUUGUCUGCUCUAGAGGUGGAGGUGGUCUCCUGGUGGAGCGCAUGGAGCUAGUUGCUGAAUUAUGGGAGGAGAACUUUAAGGCUGAAUUUGUUCCUACCCCUGAUCCAAGUCUUACAGAGCAGUAUGAGUAUGCUAAUGAACAUGGUAUCAAAUGCCUUGUCAUUAUCGCAGAUACAGAUUUCUCCUUGAGUGAUUCUGUUAAGGUUCACCAUCCAUUUUAUAUGGGACAAUCCUUGGAUGGUCUCUUCUGUCCACAGGGAGAUAUUAUUUUAAAGGGGUUGUUUCAUGGCCUACAUGUUCGACACCUUGAACAUAAGAGGGAGAAAACUGUUGAGAGAAAAAACCUAGUCAAGUUUCUAUCGGAUGUCAUGGCAACACAAUUUAGAAAUCCCGCCAUUUGGAUUUGA